AUGAACACUACUAUCCGUAAAUUGUAUACUUUCAAAAAGAAAUAGAAGAGCUUCGACAAAACCUUUGGUGCCAAAUAUGUCCAAGAUUUACUCAACAAUAUAGUUGUCCAGAAAAUAGACUUUUCAGCAACCCCGGAAAUCUGCAAAACCGAAGAAGAUCUUGAUCUGGAUGAUCUUAUAAUACAUGACAUCUCAAAAACGGAAGGCCCUGAAGAAGAUCUCCUUCCCAUAGAUGAUUUAUCACAAAAAUUGAAUGAUCUUGUAAGUCCCAGGAAGAAAUUAGUCACCUUUGAUUCAGAUAACUAUAGACUCAUUUAUAGAUUAAAGAAAUCUAAAUCCAAACUCAUUGUUGUACCUUGCAAAGUCUCAAAACGCACCUUCAAAAUGACUGAUCAAGACCUCCAAUUUCAAUAGUUAUUUGACCAAUCCAAUUUCCAAUUUUAACCUCCAAAUGAAUUGGAUUUCUUGAUCCCCUUUAAUGACUUUUACUAAAAAAUAAAUGAAAUCGUCCUCAAUCAACUGUGA